AUGAAAAAGGCCGCUAAUCAUCUGCUAUCCAUCUUUUUUCAUCUCCUACCUCCGACGAAACUGGGUGCCUGUAAGCCAAGAGGUCUUCACGCCGCCCGCAAGCUCAGGAAUCAACGACGAGACAACCGAUGGGCCGAUAAAUCCUACAAGAAGCGAGCUCUGGGUACCGCCUACCGGUCAUCUCCCACCGGAGGUUCCUCCCACGCCAAGGGAAUUGUGCUUGAGAAGGUCGGUGUCGAAGCCAAACAACCCAACUCAGCUAUCCGAAAAUGUGUUCGAGUCCAAUUGAUCAAGAACGGAAAGAAGGUCACCGCUUUCGUCCCCAACGAUGGUUGUCUCAACUUUUUGGACGACAACGACGAGGUUUUGAUUGCUGGUUUCGGUCGGGCUGGUAAAGCUAAGGGUGAUAUUCCUGGUGUGCGAUUCAAAGUUGUCAAGGUAUCUGGUGUUGGAUUGCUUGCACUUUGGCUUGAGAAGAAGGAGAAACCCCGAUCGUAG